AUGGGUUUCAGAUUCCUGGAUUCUGCAGCCGGUAACAAGUGUUUCCAGUGGUGUUUAUGGCCUUCAUUUCAUGAAGAGAAAAUAAUUCCAAUACUACAGGGUUUCCCAGUAAAUCAAGUAUAUGUAGGAGAAGGUCACAAGAGGUAUGUAAUCAAAAUGACCUUACUUGAUCAUCCACUCUUCAAGGCAUUGCUAGAUCAAGCCCAAGAAUUGUAUGAUUUCAUCACUGAUUCAAAACUCAGGAUUCCGUGUGACGAGAAUAUCUUCCUCAGCAUCGUCCAGUGUUCCACACACCCACCACAUUGA